CACUUGACUCUCUGUUCCUUGGUUUUAUCUUCUUCUCAGCAAUUUCUGCGCUUUGAUUUCUUGAAUGCUGUCAUUGUGGUUGAUGAAAAAGGUGGGAUUUUUCUUGGUUAUUAUUCAUGGGUAUUGGUUUUUCUUGCUGUUCAUUUCACUUGAGUAGCGGUAAGGCAUCGGAUAUGAGAGGAUCAAGAUGUUUUUGCGACUUGUGUGCUUAAGCUGUGUUUCUUGGUUUGUGGGUUGUUGAAAAGAAGGAUCCGUUUCGGGGGUAGUAGACGAUCUCUGACUUUUGCGUGGUCUUCGCUCUGCAAAAAACUCUGUCCUUAUCACUGUAUCGACGUUCAUGGGUGCUGAAGGGCUUUUUGGGUGUGUCCUGUGCUUGGUGUCAUGAAAGGCAUUGAGAUGAGAAUGGAAGCGAAUGAAGCUGAGAAUGAAAUCGCCAUUUCCACUCUUAUGUUUGACUCCGAGAAAGGGAUGAUGUGAAAUUUGCUUUUCUUUUGUCGACUCCCUUCACUUAAUAGAUUGUACUAAGUUAAGUGAGGCUGUCGAAAAAGUAAUGAAACAUUUGUGAUUUCCAACUGUUUGAAGAAAUGCCCCAUUUCGGUACAAACAGGAUUGAGCUUUCUAUCUGCAAUGCCUGUUGCAGCCUCAAAAAUUGCGAUCCGCCAUGAUUAAAGUAAUAGAUAUCUGCAUCAUCACUGGCCCUUUGUCCAUGUAAUUCUGGUACUUCAAGGUUGAUAGGCACAUAUAGGACCGACAAUAUGGAGAAAUCCAGCAGACAUGGAGCUCUUCCUCUGUUCAUAAAUGAAGAUAACGUUGGACCUUCCAGCACAAAGAAAGCACCUGUUCAAGAAUUACUUACUAAGAAGUCUGAAGGUCCCCAGAAUGAAACUUGCUGUUUAGAUUGCAAGAACAAAAAUAGUUGCCGAACUGUGUGCUCGAGGACCAAAAGGAUGAACAUUCUUAUAGAAAGGGGGAAACCUCAAGAAGCCGAGUCCAUCUUCAGAAAUCUCAUUGCAGGAGGGCAUAUACCUUCUCUAAUAUCUUACACGACCCUGCUCGCUGCAUUCACUAUCCAGAAGCGUUUUGAUUCCAUACACUCAAUUAUCAUGCAGGUGGAAGAGAAUGGAAUGAAGCCUGAUUCAAUCUUUUUCAACGCUGUUAUUAAUGCUUUUUCAGAAUCUGGGAGUAUGGACGAGGCAAUGGAGGCCUUUCGUAAGAUGAGGGCGAGUGGAAUAAGACCCACUACAAGCACUUAUAACACAUUAGUCAAAGGGUUUGGCAUUGCUGGGAAGCCUGAAGAGUCUAUGAAACUUCUGGACCAGAUGUCCCAAGAGGGAAAAGUGAAACCUAACAUAAGAACAUAUAAUGUCUUAAUCAGAACAUGGUGCAGUAAGAAGAACAUCACUGAGGCAUGGAAUGUAGUUAACAAAAUGGUGGCCUCCGAUAUGCAACCCGACGCUGUUACUUACAACACUAUAGCCACAUCAUAUUCUCAGAAUGAAGAGACGGAAAAGGCUGAAGAUCUAAUCCUAGAGAUGCAGAAAAAUAAUGUGGAGCCGAAUGAGAGAACUUGUGGCAUCAUCAUAUCCGGUUAUUGUAAGGAAGGUAAAAUGAAGAAGGCUUUGAGUUUCGUUUACAGGAUGAAGGAUCUUGGAAUGCAUCCCAAUCUCAUUCUUUUUAAUUCUCUGGUCAGAGGCUUUGUUGAAAUUAUGGACAGAGAUGGUGUCGACGAGAUGGAAUCAUUUCAGGUAUUGAAGUUGAUGAAUGAAUUUGGGGUCAAACCAGAUGUUGUGACAUAUAGCACCAUCAUGAAUGCGUGGAGCACGGCAGGAUACAUGGACAAGUGUGAGGAGAUCUUCGAUAACAUGGUGAAGGCUGGCAUACAACCUGAUGCACAUGCAUAUAGCAUCUUAGCCAAAGGCUAUGUCCGUGCAAAAGAAACUGAAAAGGCAGAAGAGCUCUUAAUGGCCAUGAUUCAUUCGGGUUUUCGCCCAAACGUGGUCUUCUUCACAACCAUCAUCAGUGGAUGGUGCAGUGACGGAGACAUGGACCGUGCAACUAGAGUUUUUGACUGUAUGUGCGAAUAUGGGAUUUGUCCGAACUUGAAAACUUUCGAGACUCUAAUUUGGGGUUACGGAGAAGCGAAGCAACCAUGGAAAUCAGAAGAUAUCCUCCAGAUCAUGGAAGAGUUUGAUGUUCGGCCUGAAAAAUCAACUUUCUUGUUGGUUGCAGAAGCUUGGCGAGCUACUGGAUUAUCCAAAGAGGCGAAGAGAAUAUUGGGUACUUUCAAAAGCAGAAAAUUGGCCGAGGCGAGGAAGUCAGAGGAAGAGAAACCCGAGGAGAACUUGGAAAGAAUUUAUCAGAGGCAAAAUGACGGCGCACAGAAUUCUCAUAUAUUACAGAUACCCGGCAUAGUGGGAAGUGAUCGUGUGAGAACUGUUGCAGCUAUGAAAAAGAGCAGAAUGCGAUCGAGGGAGAAAGAAGCAUUAUUUGAGGGCACGUUGUUUGCCAUGAGAUCUAUGUAUCUUUCUAGUACGUGUAAAUUUGGGUCACGUUUGCCAAUCAUCUGCCAAAAGCAGUCUCAAGGGGGUAUUGGCGCCGGUGCCCAGAUCUCUCAACCGUGUACAGUGGUUUUUUUGAACUGAUGACAAGAGAUUCUCUACCUUUUUUCUGGUGUAAGUAAGCAAAUUGCUGUCCCUCAAGAAGAAAUGUGCCCUGAGGAUGGUGUAUGUAGAUACAGAGAACUUCUCUACUCAUCAAACAGGAUUUUGUUCCUUUUUGUUAGUUGGCUUGGGCUUACUCGUGCUGUGCUGCAAUGCAGGUUGACCGCUCUUUACUUGCACUAUGGUCAAAGAAAUUGUUGGUAUGCUACCGCAGCACAGAUCUCUCCUCUGCUGAAAUGUUAAAAAGGAAAAUUUCAAA